GAUUUGGGGAUCUUGAACAGCAGAAGAAGCAACACUGCACCAUCUAAAACUGUCGAGUUCACUUUGCUCAUUGGUAGUUUCUCUUCAACUUCUAUGAAGAUGCUUUCCACGCGUGUCCAAUGCGCACUUGCGCUCCUCUCUCUUGCACUGACACUCAGCAGCGUGUCUGCAGCGCCAUCGGACUUGAAGCUCCGCCAGUUGCUCCAAAGAUCACUCAUCGCACCUGCUGGAAAACAGGAACUUGCCAGAUACACCCUCGCAGAACUACUGUCCGAGCUCGCGCAGGUAGAGAACGAAGCGCUGGAGUCCGACGACCUGUCCCGUGGUGAGCAAGAUGAGGUGCAUCUGGAGCUGGAGCGAUCUGCCGGCCCGGCACUCGCUCCCCGUGAACGCAAAGCUGGAUGCAAGAAUUUCUUCUGGAAAACAUUCACGUCGUGUUGACUUCUUUCUGUACAUAUCUGAACCAUAUGUAUUUCUCUCUCCCUCUCUCAUGCUAUUUUUUCAUCAUUGACAAAGUUCAACCAACCACCACCCUUAAAUACAAUAAAAGUAUGUAAAUACAUAUUAUAUAAAUUGUGAUAAUGGUGACUUCACAAUGACAUUGAUAAUAGCUGGACUUAAAAUAGUUCGAUUUAAUUUCAAAUAUUUAAUAACGUUUUUCACCCGUAAGAACUGUUCACAACAAAGAAUGUUUUAAAAAUGUAUGCAACUCUGCUUUCAAUAGUGGUUUAUGUAUUCCGGCAGAUAUACUAUUUUUAAUUGUUCGUUUCAAUAAAAUCUAUGUUUCAGACUUAAA